GCGUUACAUUUCCCGGGGUUGCUAUGCAGGUGCCCGAACACAUCGUCAAUUUACCGACUUGUGUCAAAAAUAAUUUUUGUUUGGAUGUUUAAUCGUUAUAUUUCAGUUUGAGCCAUAGUCUAUCAAGAUGACUGCUGGUUCCAUUGCUGUGCCAACAAUUUUUCCUUUGAGGCCACCAAUACCAGGGAAACCAAAAUCUUCUAUUGAUUCUAAUACAAAGAUUGAACUGAGUACAGAAAGUAAUGGGGCCCGUAUUUAUUACACAAUCAAUGGGACGAAACCAGAUCCAUUCCCUAAGGUUGGACAAGCUAAAUAUACGAUGGAAUAUCAAGGACCAUUUACAUUACCAGCUGGUAAACAAACCUUGAAAGCAAUGGCAGUUGGAGCAGAUGGUAUUAGGGAGUCUAAUGUUGUAACCAAGGUAUUUGAAGUUGACUAUGUGGCCCAGCCUGCCAUGCCACCAGAAGAUGAUGACCUAGAGUUUAGAGAUGACCUUGAAAAAGAGAAAACAAUGUUAAAUGUGAAGAGAGCACAGAAGAACUUGAUGAUGUCCUCAAGGUCAGCUUGGACUGAUGUUUCAACAGCUAGAAACAUGACCAAUAGAAUGGCAGACAUGGAUGUAAAGGGAAGUAACUACAGGCAGCCAGGAACCGGAACCCGGUUUUUGAACACCAGACAAGACCGUUCACCGGAUAGAAGUUAUCCAUUGUCAAAUCGUACAGAACGUACAUCUAGCCCAUCGAGGCACCGUCACCUGCCAGAUAAUACAACACAAGCUAUGAGGUUACAGAGAGAAACAGAUUUUCUCAAGUGUGUGUAUUGCUUUGCAGAUCGGCCCUCAGAUCCCUACGCAAGAUUCUGUAAUACAUGUGGUAAUUCUGUAGCAGCAAUACCUCAGACACGAAUCCCGCCACCUGAACCUGGACAGAUGGGUACAUGUGUAUACUGUAAGACCUUGGUGCCAUUCAACACAUCCACCUGUGUUGUCUGUGAGGGUCCAAUCCCCAACCAGAACCAGCCCCAGGCCAGCAUCAGACUGGCAGAGAAGGUUGUAUGCACACUGUGUGGCACUGGAAACCCGGCUAACCUUUCUCAAUGUAUAACCUGUGAUACAAAACUACCAACUUCAGCUCAAAUGAGGCCAGCAUAUAUAGGACAGUCUGCCCCACCUAUCACAGGCCUUGAUAAGAAGUAUCUAAAAUGUACAAAAUGUAACCGUGUGAACAGAGGAGAAGCCAGAUUUUGUGACUGGUGUGGAGCCAAGGUUAUUGAGAAACUCCUAAAGCCUGCAGUGACGGCCACGGCGCUGACUUGUUCCAAGUGCCGUGCCAAUAACCAUCCUUAUGCAACAUUUUGCGGAUCAUGUGGAGUCAAGAUUGACGCCCCAUAUCGAGUGGAUGAAUUAAAUGGAUUCCAUAGGGAGGCACAGUGGUUACCAGUAAGUACCCCACUUGGUGCCCCACCUAAACCGUCAAACACAAUAGCCACCCAGACAGUAGGAUUGUUCUAUCCAUCAACACGAGGUAUGGAGAAGGAGAAAGAGAAGGAAGAAGAUAAGCUGGCUUACGAGAGACAAAUGAGAGACAGGAGACCACUGUUAACAGCUGUCAGUCCUGGAAAAGGUUACUGGCGUAAACAAGUUGAGCAUAUAUGUCAACAUGUAAAGGCUCAUGCCCAGAAUGAUGCUGAGUUUCGAGCACUGAUUGGAGAACCAAAAAUGGGCAAGUUGUUAACAUCAACAGUACAGGAGGAUGGCUAUGAGUUAAGUUUGACCGUGACCUUUGCCCUGAGAGGUGGUAAAGAUAAGUUUGCUGGGAAAAAGUUGGGCAUUACCGGAGAUUAUCUUAGUUUCCACACAGAGCAGGACAAUAUGACUACAUAUAGGACGGACUCUGAUGAUUAUGAUGAGAUUAUUGAGGAAUCUCCCAAGAAAGGAGGAAAGAAGAUCAUCAAGAAGAAAAGACCAGUAAAGAGAGUUUCAAAACAAGACCAGUUACUACUUAAAGAGAUAGGACCAUCUGGUGAGGGAGAUCCUACUGAGGUUCAACAACUUAUUGAUGAGGGAUCAGAUCCAAAUUGUGUAAAUAAGAAUAAUAUUCCAGCGUUACAUAUAGCAGCAAAAAAUAAAUGGGCAGAUUGUAUAUCUGUUCUGGUAAAAUCUGGAGCUGAUGUGGACAAGAAAGGACCUUCUACAAUUAAGGGUAACACUGCCCUCCAUGAAGCUGUAAAUGUAGGACCCUCAAAUGCAAGGGUUGUUGAGGAAUUAUUAAGUAAUGGAGCAGACCAAAAUAUGAAGAAUGACAAAGGGGAGUCACCAUAUGACCUUGCUGUGAAAGGAGGAUAUGAAAACAUUGUGAAAAAGUUUGCUGCCGCUCUUGGGCAGUCACAAUUAGAUAAAAUGAUACGCCCAAAGAGUAAAGCGUACUGAACUUAAAAAAUUAACUAGUUUAGAUGUAGAUAAAAUAAAACACUGCCAUAGUGGUGAUAUUGAAGAAAGAUGUGCUAAAAUAUGUUUACAUUCUUACAUAUAUAUCAUAUGUAACAAAAGUUUGUAUACUAAUAUAAUAGGAAGUUUACCAAGAUGUGAAACUUUAUGUGAUAUUAUUUACAUUGUAUAUAAACUAUAUAUUAGAAGCAUCAUGACAA